CACGCGAAGAUAUCUCAUCCGCGUUAUUGCAAACCAUUUAAAUGCAAAUUCUGUGACUUUGCUUCUGUUGUGUUCGGAGCGUUAGUUCAGCACAACCUCGCGAGUCAUGCCAUCGAUUGGAUAUCUGAUCGCAAUAAAUGCUGUUUAUGUGUCAAUGAGUUUGAAUAUUCGGACACAAGUGCUCUGUUGGACCACUUGACAGAACAUACGCCAGAGUUUACAUACUUUGAGUGCAAGUGCGCAAGGAGAAUCAAGAAAUACGAACAAAUGAAGAAUCACGUGAUCACACACCACGCCAUCGGAGCCGAUGAGUGCGCCAAAGAAGUCUCGAAUCUCAACCAAUUGUUCACUGUUUUGCUUCAAAAAGUCAAAGAACGCGAUAAUCAUCUCAUGAGAGGACAAACCACUGCCAAUGAAACGGCAAAUGCAAUCCAAGGGCUUAUGGACGAGGAGUUUGUUAUGCCUUUUGACGAAUCGCAAGAAAAUUAUUCAAUGGACGCCGACCCAUUGGCCACUGCUAUGCAGCAGACCUUCAAUGAUGAAGAUUACGAGAACCCGACGAUUAGUAUUCCGGAGAACACAGACAAUGGAGAGGUUUAUGACGCGUUCAUUGAAGAGGGCGAUGACGGCGAAUAUCACCCCAUCAUUCAAACUGACCAUUGAUUGUAUUUUACUUCAUUGAUAUCAUCACUGAACUAAUUGUGAGAUAAGUUAUGUUUUCUAAACA